UGAAUUUCCCUUUUACACAAAAAUGUUUAAUAUUAGAAAACUUAGUUCUUUUUCUAACUUCGCUCGGUGUUUCACUAUGGGAAUCGCCUUGGUGUGACCAACUACGGAAGCUCCAAUGAUAUCACGUCUGUCUGUGACAGACAGGUUGAGCCGUGACCGUGGCUCCACCCACCAACUAUAUCAUGGCCAACCUACCCGCCUCAACUCAUUCUCGCUUUCUUCUCGUGUGAAGACUACAGCAAAGCUCCCUCAGCGCGCUCAGGCUAGCUUGGACCUGUUUAACAGUUCUAAGGCGUUCCGUAAAGGAAAACGUCGCUGAACGCAGGACCAGGACUGACCUGUGCCGUGCUGGGUAAGCGCUUCGAAAGAAGCAUUUUCAAAAACACAAACGUUUGGAGCUGUGACCGCGUAAAGGCGAACUGUUCCGGUGUCUACUCUGUUUUAAUUAACAGAAUAGAUAGAGUUUGUGUCGACCGAGUUAUCACGUAAAGGUGGGCUUGGCUUUUUAGCUAGCGGUGUAUCGCUAGCAUAAGAGUCCGGUUAACGUGUUGUGGCGAACGGACGUAAUAUCAUUUAGAGCUAACGUGUAACAACGAGCUCCGUGUUUGAAUAUUGUCAUGGCUGCGGCUCCUACCCCUGCCAAAGGUUCUAAACCGACAGUUAAAGAGGUUGUAUCCCGCCCAUGCCCAGCGUCAUGCGGGGCAUCUAUCUCGGGGCGGGACCCUCAUCCGAUGUGCAUAGCAUGCAUGGGCGCUAAACACGCUCAGGCAUCGCUGGCCGACCCUCAGGGGUGCCAGCACUGCGCGUCAAUGCCGGAAAAAAUCCUGGAGAGACGGCUGAGGGUGGCUGUCGCUAACAGCCAGGACCCGUGCCUCUCCUCACCUUCAGCCGUUGCGGCGGCGGGUGAAAACCAUCAGCCGCGAGCUUCUAAAAGCUGGGCGGACAUGAUGGAGGAGGAGUACCCGUCCAUGCCUCCCCUGUUUGAGGGCCUCACGGACAGCGGGAAACUCGACGAAACGGAGGGUGACUCUAACUCCGACCUCCUCGAACUAGAGGACAUGGAGGAGGAGGAGGAUGACUCGACCUUCCCGGGUCAACACUCCAGGCCACCGAGCGGGGCAGAAGUCACCUCCCCGGGGGACAGUGACCUGUACGAUGUGUGCAGGCGGGCGGCUUUAAAGCUGAACAUCCCCUGGCCGGCAGCUCAGGAUGCAGGAGGAGCAGAACGGGACCUGUAUGACGGUAAAAGGCUUCCACCUGCUGUACCAUCAGCAAAGCAGCUUUUACCAGCCGUUCCUGCUUGCAUCAGAGAAAUGAGCAAUUUCUGGUCCAGCCCAUUUAAGAGCAAGCUUCCCACCAAGGGCUUCUCUAAGCUGGAGAUACAGGGUAUGGGUGAACUGGGGCUGGCCGAACCCCCAGCAGUGGAGCCUUCAGUGGCUUACCACCUCCACCCUAAUCGCAGAUCGGUUUCAGCAUCUUCUAACAUCUCGCUCCCAGGUAAAAUGGAUCGCCUCACUGCUUCCAUUUACCAGAGGCCGUGUCAUGGGUCUGGCUGUCUCAGGGGAAAGAGGCCUAUGGUUAAACCUAUCAGGCCUGAGUGAUUCCCAGAAGGCUGAGAUCAUGGA